AGCUGCUGAGCUGGAGUCCCUCCAGGGGAGAGCAAAGGGGAGUACAGAUCCUCCAGCUAGGAGUGAGUGAGAAGCCAUCAACACAUGAACUAGGAGAGGCUUCUCAAGAAGAUUCCACUUGUUCAAAAAUUUUUAUUUUUAUUUUUUGGUUGAGAGGCUAGGUGUCUGCUAUUUUUAAAUUCUUAUUUUAUUUAAAGGGAAACCAGUGACUUGAAAAUGAGACUAAAUAUCGCCAUCUUCUUUGGGGCUCUCUUUGGUGCUUUGGGGGUUUUACUCUUUUUGGUGGCUUUUGGAUCAGAUUAUUGGCUACUUGCGACUGAAGUGGGAAAGUGUUCAGGUGAACAGAAUAUAGAGAAUGUCACUUUCCACCAUGAAGGCUUCUUCUGGAGGUGUUGGUUUAAUGGGAUCGUGGAAGGGAAUGAUUCCAAUAUCUGGAAGUUCUGGUACACCAACCAGCCACCGUCCAAGAACUGCACGCACGCCUACCUGUCGCCAUAUCCCUUCAUGAGAGGCGAGCACAAUUCUACCUCCUAUGACUCUGCAGUUAUUUACCGUGGUUUCUGGGCAGUCCUGAUGCUUCUGGGGGUAGUUGCUGUGGUGACCGCGAGCUUUUUGAUCAUCUGUGCAGCCCCCUUCGCCAGCCAUUUCCUCUACAAAGCCGGUGGAGGCUCAUAUAUUGCUGCAGGCAUCCUGUUUUCUCUGGUGGUGAUGCUGUAUGUCAUCUGGGUCCAGGCGGUGGCUGACAUGGAAAGCUACAAAAACAUGAAAAUGAGAGACUGCGUGGAUUUCACCCCUUCUGUUCUGUACGGCUGGUCAUUUUUCCUGGCCCCAGCGGGGAUAUUUUUUUCUUUGCUAGCUGGGUUACUAUUUCUAGUUGUUGGCCGGCAUAUUCAGAUACAUCACUAAUCCAACUGUUGCCACCAGUGCUUUCUCGGGGGAUUUUAAAACGGAGCGUAUAUUCUUUCGUUUUGUUUUAGUCAUCCCAGGGUCAAAUUAGUUAAUCUAACUUUUUAGCUGAUAUUUGAAUUAACCAUUUUACUUGCAAUUUCCUCUAAUAAGGUCCUAGACACUCUCCAGACACCAACAUGCUUCCAUCUUUUCUAAGUGCUAUCAAGAACCUAGUUCUCUAGGGAGCAGGUAACAGGGGCCUCUGUUUCAUUGUACUUGGUGGAGUUCAUGUAGGUUGCAAAGGCCUGGUGAUCGCAUAAUACCAUCACCUGGGGCCAAUCAAGAUUUGGUUUAAAGCCUCCUUGGCGUUCACUUCUGUUGCUCUU